GAAGCUGCGCACAGUUCUCUGCAACACAUGUGUGAAUGUUUUGCUUCGUAGGUAUCAACUGUCGUCAAAUGACAUUAUGGAUGAACGAUAAAUGCUUUUAUUUCCCUUCAAGUGCUCACUCUAAACAGCGCACUUGAGUCGCGAUGGCUGUCGUUAGCUUUAGUAAGCAUCUGCUGAAUGUGACACUGUCGAGGACAAUCACAACACACGCUACAGUUAUCAGAGGACAGCUAUGCAGAUGUACAGCACUUUACAGGACAAUUAUCAACACAAAACGAACAUUUCACACAUCGCCGACCGCUAAUAUCACGAAAAUCCUUUCUGUGGACGAUAUCUUCAGCAAGCAGAGCUUCCAGGACUAUCUGAAGAAGAAGCAGGCGGAGUAUAACACAAGCCUGAGCUCCAUUAAUAGUCAAAACCAGACUAUGGAGGACGCGGAUAUAAAAACACAAAGGACUAACAUGACGAUACUCGCUCAUUUAGUACAUAAUAUUAAAGAAUUAGAAGUUAAACAGAAGGAGCUGGAUGAUAUGCAGGACUUACUGAAAGGUAGAAGCAUGAGGCUGAAGCAUCCUGCCCUUAAAGGGACAGUUCACCCCAAAAUGAAAAAGAAUGACCCAGAACUGCUUGAGCUGGCAGAGACUGAGAAGGAAGCCGUUCUGGCAGACAUUCAGGAUCUCAGACAAAAGAUUUUAUCUCUUCUGAUCCCCGAAGAGGAAUCGGACAUGAGUGAGCUGGUCCUGGAGGUCUCUGCUGGGGUCGGAGGUCAAGAAGCCAUGUUGUUUACCGCUGAGAUUUUCGAGAUGUACCAGAACUAUGCUGCUUUCAAUGGCUGGAGCUUUGACAUCCUGGAGGCCAAUGCUAGUGAACUAGGGGGCGUCAGACACGCAUCCGCCAGUGUCAGCGGACCACUCAGCUAUAAGAAGUUAAAGUUUGAAGCCGGUGUUCAUCGGGUGCAGAGGGUCCCGAAAACAGAGAGUAAAGGCCGCACACACACCAGCACAAUGACCGUGGCCAUUCUCCCUCAGCCCACAGAGAUCUCAUUCACCAUCAACCCCAAAGACCUGAAGAUUGAGACCAAGAGAGCGAGUGGAGCAGGAGGACAGCAUGUGAACACCACCGACAGCGCCGUCAGGAUCACACACCUGCCCACAGGCACAGUUGCUGAAUGUCAGCAGGAACGCUCUCAGAUCAAGAACAAAGAGACGGCCAUGAAAUUACUGCGAGCCAAACUCUUCAGCGCGCGGCUGGAGGAGGAGACCAGCAGGAGAUAUCAGGCCCGAAAGCUACAGAUCGGCACCAGAGGCAGAUCAGAGAAAAUCAGGACCUAUAACUUUCCGCAGGACCGAAUCACAGAUCACAGAAUCGGAAAAACCGUUCAUGACAUUCAUGGAUUUUUACAAGGCGAGGAACUCCUGGAGGAGAUGACCGUGUUUUUACAGCAGUUUUCUGAGCAGGAGUCACUCUUGGACGUCCUCGACAGUGAACUGAAUGUGUAGUUAAUUCUGGAAAUAAAAGAAAUGUGUAAAUGUU